AAUUCAUACAGAAUGGCGUCACAAAUGUAUUUAUUUAUUAGAACUCCACUAGAGUUUUUAAGGAGAAGGAUUACGAAUUUAUUUAUAAAACCAGAGUCAUUUAAUUAUAGCAAACAACAGACAAUCCUUUGAGAUUAGACAGACCAAAAGUCACAAUAUAGAGAGGCAGAAAAGCGAAUGUGCAAAUAAGAACAAAAGGAAAUUUCGUUGAUCCUUUAUCAAGAGCAGCUACUUAAAAGGCUUAAACAAAUCCAUUAAGCCGACCACAAACUGUAGAUCCAUUGGCUAGACCUUCAGCAUAACCAACUCAAAAAAUAGAAUAGUCAUAACCACAAACCUAGGCUAAGAGCGUUGAACCAAAUAAGCCAUAAUAAUAAUAAUAAUAAUAGGAAGGCAAACUUGAAAUAGAUGCAGAAGAGAAAUAAUUAAAAGCAACAGGAGAAUUCUCAAUUUAUUGGUCAGAAAUAAGAGAAGACUUUUAAAACAUAUUUCAAAUUAAAACAUAUGAUUUAGAGCAACCAGUGCCGAAUGUAUGAAAAUAUUAUAUGCUAGCCUUUUGGAGCCAAUGUUCAAACUAUGAAUUAAUUUGAUGGAUAAGCUAAAUCAGCAUAUAGUGGAGACAGCAAAAUUGAAUAUUAGACACAGGCUCCAAAGUAAGGGGCUUCAAAAAUGAUUUUAUAAAAGACCUACAUUCAAAAAGUGUUGGAUAUCAGAAGAGAUUUAAAGAGACAAUGGAUUAAUGGAGACAAAGUGGCAUCAUUACAAUUAGCAAUCUAAUCUUGCAAAUUGCUAAUUGAUAAUGAUAAACCUCUCUUUGCUCCAGUCAAAUAUGUUUACAUUAUUGACAUUUUGGAAACCUUUGGUAAAUACGUAAUUGAGAGAUUGCUGAAAUUAAGUUAUCCACAAUAUACAGAUCAAAAGAUAGCUGAAAUCAGUUUGUAAAGUGUAGUUGGAUCCAACAUCUCUGAAACAGCCUCAGAGAUAGGAAGAAAUUGGAUAAAUAAAAUAGGUUCUAUAAGAGAAUUAUUGCCUCGAUUGUAUGUAGAAGCCACUUUGUUGAAGGUUUAUUAUUUUAUUGAUUAAAGUUAAAUUAAACCAAUAUUUCAAAGACUUAUUAAAUAAGUCAGGGCAAUUGGUGAUUAUAUUAAUGUAUUUAGUUCUUUUAUUCAAUUAGGCUUUGUACUUUGCACUUUAUCUAUUUAGAAUAGGAGCAGAAUUGUUCUCAGGGGAGAAGGAUUAUCUCAUAUCCACAUUAAAAGAUUUCUUUAUUUAUAUGAAUCAAAAAACUAAAUUUGGUAAAUUAGAGGUUCAAGGAGACCAAUAUCUAAGACUAUUUGAGCCAUAUUUAAUUUAGACAUUCAGACAAUAUUCACAAAAUUGUACAGAAGUAACUAAUUUAAUUAAAUUCAAUUUAGAGAGAAUUCAAGGAUAUUUUUGAACAUUUUAGAUAGAGCACAUAAAACCAUUUUGUUUUGAAAAAGAUGAUUGAAUAAUUUUAGGCUGUGCAUAUAAGUACACUAGCUUUAGAGUUAUUUUCAAUAAUGUAAGCUUAUCCUGUGGAUAACAAAUAUUAAUUAUAUGCUUGUUUUUUACCUAAAAUAGCAAAGGGAUUAACCAAUGUAGCUGCUGGUGCUGAGAUAUGUGAGUAUGUUCUAUAGGACAUUUUAUAAAUAAAGUCAUUUUCACUCUUUUUAGAGAUCUUGGCAUCAUUAAUUGAAUUGAUUUUUAGAUCCUUUUAGGGAUAUCAGAAAAAUUAAUUCUUUUUCUUGAUUUUACAAAGAUUUAAUGAUUUAUUUAGCAUGGUGGAGAAGGAUCAAGUGAAUACCAAUUAAAGUAGGGAUACUUUUAUCAAAUUGCAUUAAUUUAUUAUUAAAAUAUUUUAAGAUUCUUAGGAUAUUUCAGAAAUCCUUUAAAUUGACACAUUUAUUACAUGUAUUUAAUUUUUCCCUGAAGACAUGAAAAAACUUGUUUGCAAUGAUUUGCUUUCAAUGAUAAUAAAUAGGGAUCAGAAAGAAAAAAUCACUGACCCUAUGGCCGUGCAUUCAAUUGUAAAAUUGACAGCAAAUUUGAAUAACAAGAAAUCAAUUACCAAGGAUGAAUAAAAAAGUUUGGCAAAAAUAAUCAAUUAACUAUUGCAAAAGAUUGAUUUUGGCAAAGAUUUAGAACAAACAUUGAAUCUAUAUGCUGAAAUGAGAGGUUAGUUUGGAAAUAUAAGUGGUCUAUCUGAAAUUUUGAUAGAUAGAGCCUUAGAUUUGAUUUUUAAAGGGAAACGAUUAUCCAAAGGAAAAACUCAAAAAAAAAUAAUUUCCUUUUAUUAAGCCUGUAUUGCUUAUAGUUUUAUUACUAUUCCUACAAUUGAUAAUCCAGUAUCAAAGUUGAGAAAAUAUAUUUAAGUGGCUCAAGUGGGCUUAUCAUUGAAUUUAUUAUCUCAAAGUGAAGCAGUGGUUAAAACUGCAAUUGAAACACUGCUUGAAUUGCCUGAAACUCAUAAUGGGCGACCGAUUGAUGAAGUCGUUACUCCAUAUAUCUUGGAUUUGAUUUCAUUUAUAAUAUUAGUCCCUGAUGACCCUUCAGCAGGUUACUUGAACAUUUUCCAAGGUUUAUUGAAGGCAAUUGAGUAGUUGAAAUGGAAUCAAAAGAAUGGAGGGAUUUAUUCAAUAGUCAUAUAUGUUAAUUGCAUAUAAUACUUAUGUGCAUAAGUGCAAGAAAGAUUGCCAUAUCAUUUUGAAAAUGUGAAAUCAAAUGAUGCUUUAUUUAACAAGGAUUCUUAAUUUAGUUUGACUGUAUUGGAACUAGUACAGUAAUUGUAUGUUAAAUUAGGAGAAUAGGCAGGAGCAAUUGCAAAACUCAAUAUUGCCGAUUCAAUUGUAAUUAUAUAUAUUUGUAUUUUAAAAGGAAAAUGGUUUAAUUGUGAAGUAGAUGCUAAGUUGUCUGAAUAGAUUGCUAACAUUAUUGAAAUUUAAUAAGGAAGCUGAGGCUACAUUUACAAUCUUUGUUGAUUUGAUAUAUAAAAAGAUAAAUGAAUUGAAUAGAGAUAGAACUGGAAAGGUGCAAUUGACAUUGUUGAAAGCCUAUUUCCUAUUAACUUUUAUAAACAUUGAGAAGUCAACAACAGUAAUGAAUUAUUAAUAAAUUAGUUUAAUUUUGAUGACAAAAAGAAUUAAAUGAUAAACAUUUUAGAGGCUGCUAAAAAUUGA